CGCGUUUUUGUGCGUCUUGGUUAAUAAAGGAAUAGAGAUUGAAGGUCGAAAGAAAAAACCUACAGGCCAAGUUGCCGCGUAAUAGCAAGGUCUGCGGACCAAAAUGUCGGCUGAAGGAUUCCAGGUCUUUUUCCUUUCUAUCUGGUAUUUCAUCGAAUCUUUCUUCAAAACGUGCUUUGAUCUUUUCGUGCCUUCGUUCUUUCGAAGUCCAAAAGAUGUAACGGGCGAGAUCGCUUUGGUAACGGGUGGUGGGGCCGGCCUAGGACGCCUGAUGGCUGUUGAGUUGUCGAAGCGUGGGGCUACUGUGGUGAUAUGGGAUGUCAACCAGCACGGUAACGAGGAGACAGCGCGUAUUAUACGAGAGUCAAACGCAGGAGACGUGUACGCCUACACGGUGGAUGUCAGCAAGGCCGACCAAGUGUAUGCUGCGGCCGAAAGAGUUCGACAAGAGGUCGGCAAUGUGACGAUGCUAGUCAACAACGCGGGAAUAGCACAUUACAAACCGGUCUUGGAGUGCUCUGAUCGUCUCAUUCAGAAAAUGGUGGACGUUAAUGCGAUCUCACACUUUUGGCUUCUCAAGACCUUUCUGCCCGCCAUGAAGGAAGCUAACCACGGCCAUAUUGUGACCAUUGCUGGUACAGCUGCCUACGUUCCCAUCCGCCACAUGGGUGCCUACACGGCCAGUGUCUGUGCGGCAGUAGGAAUUCAUGACGCUAUCCAGGUGGACCUGGCAUUUGAAGAAAAAAGCGGCAUAAAGAUGACCCUAGUCUGUCCGGCCUUGGUUGCCACUAACAUGAUACUGGGUCGGAUUAAUUAUGGGACGGCGAGCAUAACAUCACCCGAGGAAGCGGCGGAGACCAUCGUUGAGGGCGUCCUCCUUAAUAAGCGUAUUGUGUGCGUACCCAAAAGAAUUUUCAUUUACGCCAUAAUGAAAAACAUGAUUCCAGUGAAGUACCUUGUGAGAAUGCUGCGAUUCCGUAAGAUCGAAGAUCCUUUGAUUAUCAAACAUGGCGUCAGUUACGACAUCUCAGAUGAUGAGGAAAGUGAAAAGAUCGAGACCCACUGAAAGAAUUUGUACACCUUAUGACUUGGUGGUUGUUGGAACAUAUUCUCUUAAAUGAUUUUAACUUGACCAGUAGAAAAAAAUGGGUUUGUGGACAUCACAAUAGUCCUUUGCAAAUAAUGUUUUCGACAUUUAAAGACAAUGUGCUCGCUGCAGUCAAUGUGUGGAAGGGAUAGUUGUGUGGCCUUUAAAGAAGUACAUAGUAUUGCUAAUUUAGAACAUUAGAUUUUUGCCGCAAAAUGUACCGUGCUUUAGUGUGAUAAAGUAUGGCAUAUAUUUUCAUGUCACAAAAGGCAGACUGUUCUGAGUAGAAUACCUGUGCGGGCUUGCUUAUUAAUUAAUGAUGCACUAUACACACCGAUCAUUGCCCAUCUAAAAGGCCAUUUGCCUCAGGGCCAGAUUCGGAACUUUUCGACAUGGGGUCUGAGCUGCCGUGCUUCCAGCCAUAAAGAAAAGACUGGUUUAGUAAUUUUACAGGUGGUCUUACUUUCCAGGGGAUGAGGGAGGUUGUCAGGAUGGAACAUUUUGUACGAUCUCUUUCCCUGGGGGCGCUUUAAGUUGUCCAUUAUUAAGAACGUUAACAAACAGGUCAGGACGCUGUCGUUGAUAAUGAUCCAUCACUCCGUCUCUCUGUCUCACAAGAUAGGAAUAGGAUUGGUGAUGGGAAAUGUGUUUAUACACAUGUCAGAAGAAGUGAAUGGAUUCUCUGUACACUUUUUGAAGGAAAAGUAGCCGGAUUAUUUAAUAUCGAAUUGUUUAAACCCGGUAACUUAUUAUAUAAAUCAGGAGUAUAUAUAGGCAUGGGCGUAAAUCCCGGGGGAUCGGGGAAUAUAUUCCCCCCUCCGCUUUGAGGGGGGGCUAUUUAAUAAUCCCCUCAUCACUUUUUUGUAAUGAGAAAAAAAUAAAUUAAGGCUGAUUGUGAAGAAUUUUGGGGAUAUCCCGACGACUAAAACGUUUGCAAUAUCAUUGAAAGGAAAAACAAUUUUAAAAAGCCAUUCUGAUGUAAGAUUCUGCAUGAAUAUGAUACACAUUACAGAUGUACAUCAUUAUCUUGAACAUCGCCUCCUAUAUUGUGAAUACGG